AUGUUGCCAAAUGUGAUUAUUCUGAUGUGCAUCCUGGCUCCUCAGUUACUGCACUGUACGGCUGAUCUGUGCAACUGGACUGGAAGCGGUUUUGCAGCUGGCGUGGACUCCAGGAUUGUCUUCCAGGUGCGGCUGCGCUGUACAGAGGGCUCGGUGAGGUGGAUAUACCCGGGCCAGGCUCUCCGGGUGGUCCUGGAGCCCAACUUGUUCUCUGCCAUGCGCACCACCGUCUGCAUCAAACCGUCUCCCUCUUUCCGGGGAGCCAGCGUGUUCAUUGAACGCGCCGGGGAGCUGGAGCUGCUGGUUACGGAUGGCGGGAGACCCGGGCAGCAGGUGUUCUGUUUCCGGGCAGAUGGGCCGCACAGGCCCGCUAUCUACCUCCAGUCCAGCCCGCAGAGUGACGGACCCUGGAGCAGACGCAUGAUGGGCUUCAGAUAUGAGCUGCUGGGAAACAGGAGCAACGUGGGCUCCAGCGGGCUUCAGACUUCAUGCCGACCCUGCAACGACACAGAACUCCUCAUGGCCAUCUGCAACAGUGACUUUGUGGUCCGAGGCUACAUUAAAAAUGUCACCCACGACCCUGAGCGUCGGAUGUCGUUGGUGGAGGUGAAUGCUGUGAAGGUGUACUGGCAGCGGAGCGGCGUGUUUGAACAACAAGCAGCUACCUCUGGGUCACCUCGGUCCGUCCUGUCUUGGCGUGGACACAUCCACACACUCCUGCAGUGCCACGUGAAGCCUGGGGACGGAGAGUUUCUCUUCACAGGGUCAGAACACUUUGGGGAAGCUUGGUUAGGGUGUGCCCCGCGAUACAAAGACUUCCUGUCUGUCUACCAGACCGCCUGGGCAGCACGUCGGAAUUCCUGUGACUUCCCUUUAGACUGAGGAAGUGUGUUGUUUUAGCACUAAACUGGGCCCAGCCUGUUUUUAUCCACUGGCCUCCUCACCCCUGGCACUGUGGGAUCCCUGUUAAGUUGUCAUGCGCCAGCAAGGUGGCAUCCAGCAUCACCAGCAGGGACGAAGCUGUUUAAUUGCUGGUAGAAAACACAUUUGGAGGAGCAGAGCAGGGCCAAACAGCAGGGCCUCCUGCACUCAGGCUCAGAGAGAGCCGGUCUUUGUCUCGCUCCCAUCACUGCCUUCAGUCCUGGGAGACUGAGAAGGGGUUGGGUUGCUGCUCUCUCUUUGUGCUUCUCCCUACAUCAACGGUUGUUCACUUUGCUGGCUCUGUGUGACAAUUGCCCCCUGAACUGAGGUGGGAGGGAAGACUGAGGCAGGGCCAUUCAUUAUCCCCAGUUUAUCCUUGUGAAUAGGCUUGUGCAAGGACAAUUGAUUGCAAAGUUAUUUUUAUUCUCAUUCAUCGGUGCUUAAAGGUGCAAUGUGUAAGAUAUAGCCAGAAUUUGAGGAUAAAACCUUUGAAAAAAUGAACCAACAGUAUCAACAGAAUGUGAAGAAGUAACAGUUUUGACAUUAUGUCAAAGAUAUUUAUGUGCUGUGUUGAGAGAUAUCUACUGAAAAGAGCGUGCUAACCAGUUUGUCCUGGUUUGUCCUGUCUUCCUCGAGAGGUGAUAGUGAGUCACUGUAGCGUCCAGUCUGCCCUAGAUAGAUAAAGAGAACUGGAUACAGCGUUACAGGCGGGGCUUCGUUCAUUCCUAUGAAAGUUGCUCAUUGGUGCAUGGUGCCAAAAAAGUUUGACUUCUGGGGUUCAAAAAAAACAAAAACAAACCCAAAUUACAUACAUAGUGAGGCUCAUAGAGCAAGUGCACUGGAGACUUUUGCUGGCAGACUUCCAGUUUAGCGCUUCGCUCAACUUGAAUGGGGAUAAAAUAGUUGAAUCUUGCAGCUCUUUUAGACUUUAAAAAUGUUAUUGGCACAAACGGAUCAAACUGUGAUAGUUUGAAACACUCUCACGGGGGGGUCUGUGCUGCUGAAAAAAAAUGUAUUCACUGAUUUACAGACUUCUUUUUCCCAAUUUAAGACUGUGGGAAAGAAACCUUUGUGCCCAAUUGCAUCACGGGACAAGCCUAGAAAUUGUAAUUCCACGUUUUGGCCUCUAGGAGAAUUCUAGGCGCUUUAUUGUAGGCAACAGGACUUGCUUGAGUUUCUUUAAGACAUUUAACGUCUAGGCUGAGUGGCUUCUUCAGUUCUAACAGACAAGGAGGGAGUCGCAGGCUUUAAACCCUGUGAGGGUGUGAACCUUUACAGAGUCCUCGGGGUCACAUGUGAGUCGUUGACCCAUCUGGCCAUCAUGUGGAUCAUUAGGGCCAUCAUCAUCAGACCUAGACUAGUCUGUUAGAAGCUGAAGAAGCUGCUCAGAUGAGAGGCAAAAUGUCUUCAAGGAAAGUCCAGUUGCCUACGAUAUAGCCGCUAGAAUUACCAUGACCUGCAUGACUGAGAUCUUCACCAACUCGAGAAAAAUUAGCUUCAAAAUCUGGCACGCUUUCUGGAUGCCUGGGGAUCUCUCCCAACAUAAGUUCAGCUUUCAUUUUAUGUCCUGGACUUCCUCUUUCAUAUUUGGAGAAGCUUUUUUCAGUCUCAUCUUGCUUGCUCAGUGCAAGGUGUUCGUGGUCGACCAAACAGAGUCUGCAUAAAGUACAAACGAAAUUCCCAGUUGCUACCCGCUUAAGCACAGUCUGGGGUCAAGUGUCGCCAAGCUAGACAAGCUAGCCCCAUUUGGUCAAGUUCCAAGCUCACGAUUCAGACACGAUCGAGAAUAUGUCCCAGUUCAGACAAUCCAACAUUCAGAAUCUGUAAUACUGGUAUGAUUAGGUCAGCUUCUUCAAGUUGAUACACAACCAAACUAACCUGCUUAGACUUAGCUUCCAGGUGUACCGUUAGUCAGUCAUUCAAAUCUGUGAUCUUAAAUCAUAAUCAAAAAGCCGAGAGACACACAAAGAACAGUCAGUGCAACUAACGGCAACACAGAUUGCAUCGCAGAUUUGAUGUGACUGUUUACAACUACUGCGUGUGAAGACUAUAAGAUUGCAGUGUUAUUUUGACUGUCUCUUAGAGUUUCAGCAGUUUGGUUGAAUUUUUCGUAUUCUUGCCCUGCUGUUAGUGAGUAGUUGGCUUGAAGUUAAAAUGCUGCCACCCAUUAGUUUGGAGCAUGUGAUCAGACCAAGAGACAACGUCCGGAGCUGAAAAAUGAAACCAAUGCAGAGGCUCCCAAAACUGCAGUUCACUAAAUGGCAACUUGUGGCAGUAAAUCCCUGAAGACCCCCAUGUUAAAAAUCCUGACUUUAAAGCAGAAAUAAAAAUGUUUACAGCCUGGUACAAAUUAUUUAUGCAGUCUAUGAGCCACAAAUUACAUAUUGCACCUUUUAGUUCCAAUCCCUUUUGUCUUUUUACGUGUUCACCUCUGAAUUAAAUGUUUUUGUACAUGUUUAAUUAAAAAAAAAA